UUGUCUGUUCUUUUAAGUUGGUGUUGGAAAUUAUUUUGUUUAUAAACUAUUUAGGACUGUUAGUAAUCGUUGAAAGUAUUGGAUUUUGAUGUAGUGCUAUAAUUUUGGACAGAAAAGUGGAUUCACUGCAGGACAUGGGAGUUUUCAAGUGGUUGCGCCGGGAGCGAGUAACUUUGACGACUCGUCACAACGUAGGUCCCGACUCCACGACUCCAGAAGAACCAAAUACACAAAGUGCCCCUCAAGUAGGAACCAUUCGAACCGAAGAAUACAAACGAGAUUUGGCUGAAUUCCAAGCGAGGCGAUCUGGGGGCAACAAAGACCUUCAAAUAACCCCUGUGAAAAAGAAAUGUGGCAGACAUUCCCUACCUGUUUCAUGUACAAACUGCACAGCAGACCACGACAAUACUUUCAAUUACGAAAAGAAAUCAGCCGUCAAAUAUAAAAAGAAAAUUCACAAACGCGUUCGCAGUGCGACAUCUGACGACAGAGACGGGGUUCCAAAUAUACAAUUCCUUUUCCAAAACCAAGUAUUUAUGCCUGGGGAUUUGUUUGCAACUGCGUAUUCAGAGCCCCCGAAGUCUAGACGCCAAUCGCGGCAAAGGGUCUUUAGAUCACCAGAGCCAGAUUUUAUGACUCAAAAACAACUUGAUUUCAAAGAUGAAGAUCUCGUUGACUCGCCUGAAUUUUACAGAAAUAAUUCUCUACCUUUUGAUGUGAAAAACUUUCUAGACGGCUCUAGAAGUGACGAUGGAGAUGACAAUGGUAAGGCACUCGGAGAUUUCAAAGUAUCUAGUCAGAGUUCGUCUGAAUGCGUUAAGAACGAUGGUUGCGAAGACAAGCUUUGGGAAGUCAUGAGUGAAUUAAAAAAUUUUGACCGCUGGGCGGAUGAGCAGUUGGUGCAGUCUCCAAAUGCAACGAGAUCUGAGGACAGUAAAAGCGAUACAAGCGCUUACGGUCUACGCAUUGCAAGCGCAAGUAAUUUGGACUUCACUAUAGAUCACAAGAAAUGCUGGAAUCUAGGCAAGUGGGGUGUUAUACCGGUUCAAAUAAAAAGACUUACCGGCGUCACCAUAGAGAAUGUUAAAAAGAAAAGGAACACGGAGAUAAAUAUUUUGAGAAAAUGUCGCCAUCCUAAUAUUAUACUUCUAAUGGGUCUAUAUCCGGACGUCCACGACAACAUUCAACUUAUCUGUGAGAGAUGCGUUGAUACACUGUAUAGUAUAAUACAUAUUCAGGGCCGAAUGUUAAGCGCUCAGACGUCAGUCCAGUACGCACUUGAUAUUGCCAACGCGCUGGUGUUCCUCCGCAUGCAAGGGUACAUUCACACGGAGCUGAACAGUGCCAGCAUCAUGGUGUCCAGCCACGGAGCUGCCAAGCUCGCCGACCUUGGUCCUUGCGUGAAGGUACCAAGAGUAAACGACAAAGUGGAGAAAAAUUAUGACCUUUACACACCAGAACCUCAAUAUGUUAACAUUGAAGACACCCGAGAAUCCAAGGUGAUAGAGAGUGAGCCACUUCUUUCGAGUCGUUCAUCAGAAGGUUACCUCUCGGCGAAUGCGGUUAGCAAGCCAUACAAAGUGUACGGUAAAUCGGAACAAUACCGAUGGCAAGCGCCGGAGCUGUUCGAGCCGGACGAUGAUGGACUCGUACACCCAUGCUGUCGGAGCGAUGUGUACUCACUGUGCCUUGUAUUGUGGGAGAGUUGUAACGCUGCCAUUCCAUGGAGGAGUCUUACAUACGACAAGCUAAAAGAACAGUAUACACUAUGGAACACUGGCAUGCCUCUGCCCCAGGACGGGACAUACCCGGGCUGUCUAUUGUCUUUGCUGCAAAAUGGCCUAAAGCUGCGCCGGCUUGAUCGCAUAGACAUUACAAUGUUUCAGGAUACACUACAAGCUGUAAAGCGCAACCUCGACGAGCUGGAAUACAUAAUAAUACCAGCAAAGUUAUCCAAAAAGAAAUCUACAUUUAGUUCGGCGGGUUGGGAUCCCGUAUCUCCCAGCGAUUCCGACUACCAGACAACCCACAUCGAGCAUAAAGCUGUAGUGCACAAUGAGGGGGAUACAUCCACCGAGAGCGAACACUGUCCCAAAAGUGACGACAGCCUAAUAUACGACACUAUACCUAACAGAAACGACACUUACGCUGUCCCGGAUAAAUGCUGCAUGGCCGACAACUGUCUUACUAUCCCAGCUCUGAAGUAUGACCAUUUUCCAGAAAAAGAAUACUCUAGCGUUUGUUCGACGCCGAUAGCGAAAAUUAAGGCCAGGUAUAAGGACAUAGGGACACCAGGCGCGCUACACAGAAGCGAUUCCACCGAAUACUGUAGUAUACUUAGUCCAAAUCGCACAGCCAACUUUGCACUCAAUAAUGAAACUAUUAAAGACCAAAGUGAAGUGGAACGACCUAUAGCUAAAUUAAGCUGCAGUUUUACGCCCAAGUCGUAUAAACCAUUGCACAUUAAAGUUCCAGAAUUUAAUUUGGACUCUGUUAAGGCGUUACUUAAAGAUCAAAAUGAAAGUGAGCGGUCAUCGUACAAUUUUGAUAUAAAGAAUUAUAGUUUACCCACCACGCCGAUAGCUCGCAGUAACAAGUUGAGGAAGAAUGCCUGGCUGUCGGGUGACUUGAGUGCUACAGAGCUGAGUACGGAAAAAUUUAUCUGUAGGAAGAUUAAUAAGCAAGAAAUUAAAGUUCCAUCUUCACCGGAAACAUCGGUUCACUCUCCGAAUUCUAUCAAGGAUCAACAAGAUAAUGUUUCUAUGCAUAGUCAACCCAAUUUGUCGUUGGAUAAUGUGAAGCGAUCCUCGUCUGAGAGUCUGGUUAUGCGGCAAAAUACAUUUAAAAGGGAACCAAUACAGAACUCGUCACCUGAUCUCGACGAGGCGACCAGAGAUCGAAGUAAUUCCUGGUCAUGCAAGUCAUCGCUGCGCAGUAAUGCCAAGUAUAACAUUGACGAGGAAUUACUAGCGAGCCUCAGCGUGAAACCGCUGGUCGCGAUACACGAGAGGUGGAUCUAUGAGGCGAACAGGAAAACCGGACGGUCUAUGUCUUUGCCUGAGGAAAAUAAACUACAAACUCAAGCUGUGAAGCCAGCGUCCCACUGUGUAGACACAUUACAGAAAUCCCUACCACAGCUGAGCAUGAAGCGACCAGCCAAGCCUUACCGUGGUCAACCUGUGUCGCCCAAUGUUUGCAAAAAUGGAGGUCAUUGGGAACAGUUCUGCCAAACCCGAGACAUGAUAGCGAAGAAUAUUCAUUUUGCUAGUCGAGACCCUGAGAGAUUCAUGACGUGGAAAAAGGAUGUCGACAAAUGUACAAUAGCAGAUGAAAAUAAAAACCAACUAAUGAUAGAUCAAGCAACAGAGACGCAAAGCAUAGAGGAAUUCAUCAGAGAUCUAAUUCGCAAAGAGUUUCAACAUUUACUACAAGAGAUAACAGAUGAUUCUACCAGCUCGAGUUCUACCAACAAAGACAACGUGCUCAACAAGGGCGUCGCUAACAUCAUGGAGAGUCUCAAGAACGGUGAAGAUCCUGAGCAAAGCAUAAGAAAAGAGACAGUUAAGUCGUUUUCUAGGGUGAAGAUAAAUGGAAACAAUAAACCGCUGUUGCAAAUAACAUUUAGCCGUUCCGGUGAGAAUAGUCUGCAAGUCUUAGAUAAUUGUGUGAACGUAACUAUACGCGAUACGAACAAUGGAAAAAAAUUAAACGAGUCUAUAGAAGAUACAUUAAUCGGUGAUGAUGGUCACAUGAACUCGCUGAAGAGGUGCCAGGCUUUCAAUGCCAUUCAGGAAGCUCGAAGCACUGAGGAUCUUUACAUAGAUGACGACUUAUCAACUCAAAUGCAGGAGAAUUUCGGCGGUAAAGUGAAGUUAAUACCGUUACAUGGUUCAUUGCACGAAAUACUCUGCGAGAAGGAAGACGAAUGCUGCCUCAUCAAGGUAAAGCAGGAGAACGGCUGUGACACCAUAUAUUUCAGGUGUGACAACUCCGACACUGAAUCAAGGGACGCCAUUGACGGUUCCGGUACAGGUCCUCAGGACACCGUGGUCUUCAAGCGAAGCAUAUCUCUCGUUGAAGAGAGAAUACAACGCAUAUUUCCCAAAGAGAAGAGAACGCAGACUCCGGUCGCUACUAAAACGGUAAAACAUAGAAAUGUAGACAGUAAUAUAAAAACACGACCGAAAUCUGAAGUUUUUGUACAGAAUAUCAGUAGAGAAUCUAGGGUUAUGAGCAAUAGUAGUCCCUCUCUCUUAAUAAAAGACGAUAAGAGUGAUGAGGUAGAAGUGAACAUAGAGAACGUUAUGUGUUACCAAGACUCUUCUUCGGAGGAAUGCCUUAAAUGCCAAGCGGAGAAUGAUGAUUUCGAGUUACUAGAACGGAAGAUAGAGGAGGAUAUUGCCAAUUCGACGUUAUCUUCUCUCACUUGCGGUUGUUUAGCGAAGAUUUCUGAGGAAAACUUAUCUGUGUUAAAUGAAGAAAUGCCGGAUAAAGAUUGAUUAUUUAGUUUUUUAAGACUUUCGCAACAGAAAAUUUUACACAAAAAUUUUACUACCGAUUCAGUCUCAAUAACGUCAAUGUAAUUUAAAAAAAAAAUACAUCCCAGUCAUUAUUAUUUUGUAAAUUCAUAAUCACAAUUACUCCAAUAUUUUUAUAUCUAUGUACAGAAAUUUAAUUAAAUUACUGUUUUCGGUUUUCGCAAAAAUUGUUUCGAUUCCGGAGUUUAAUUUAGGGUGAGUAAGGUGCAUUCGCUACAGCGUUGCGCGCACUAUCGAAAACAUAGUAAGUUCCUUAAAUUUCUGUACAUAGCUAUUAAAAUACUACUGUAAAUGAAUAAAAAUUUUAUAAUAAUGUCCUACUAAUAAUAAAGUAAAAAAAGCUAACCAUUGUUGAUUAAAAUAUUGAACUUGAUAUUCGUUAGAUCUGAAAUUGGUAAAACAGGUUUUUUUUAGACAUUGCUCGCUACGGCUGCGUGCUUAGAUGAUUAUUUAUUCAAAAGAUGCUAUUUAUUGUUAACUUAGAUAUUUACUUAACGAUAAAGAUAAAUUAUCGAUCAUUCACAUUAUUAGUACAAUCAUUAUUGUUCUCGUCUUUCCAAUACUAACAAUAGAGUAACUCAAUACCACCAAAGUUUACCGUCAUUGAAAUUAAUUUCAAUUGAUCACUGAAGUCAUCAGUCAUUAGAUUUAAUAUAACUUAUGACAAGUACAAAGUAAAAUCCACAAUAUUUUUUUAUUUAUUGCCUUUAUGUUGGCUUGUAGUUUUAAAGGUAACAACUGUUGGAUAAUAACUUGUGUUUGAUAAAUUGUGCAAUAAUACGUUUGAUGUUUCACAAAUAACUAAAAUAUUAGACUUACGCCGUGCGCGAAUACUACGCCAUUUAUUUAGAACACAAUAAAAAGAAUUACCUCAAAAAAAAUUUUUUUGCCAUAGUUACUAUUUGAUCCAACCAAUAUUGGCAUUUAGAAAACCCAAAGAUAGAUCUUAUUAGGUUUUCUUAUAUAAUUUUACAUUCCUAUUUUUUAGUAUUUUAGAAUUACGCAAAGGCUAUGUGAUUAUUAGAUUAAGUGGCACCUUACAUUCCACUGUUGUGAUUUAUAGAAUAGUUUACACCUUCUGAAGGUUUGUUACUUUUAUCUGCACUAUUUUAUCUUUUAGAAUAUAUUCUCACGUUGAUUAAAAGUAUCUGUUUCUACUUUUUCUACAUUUUUAUAUUUUGUCCCGAACCAAAGGUUAUAUAAUGAUCUUAUCCUUGGUAUGUUUUACUACCAUUCAAAAUAGGUAUAUUUUUUAAAGUUAUAUCACGUUAAUUUUUAAAGAUUCAAUUUUAAAAACAAUA